AUGGAGCGGGCUCCAAACCUGCUGCUCCUCUGCAUCUUCACCUUCGCCAUGGUCCUGGUUCCCGAAGCCAAGGACCAGAGCAAGGCAGCCAAGGGCAGGAGAAGGGGCCUGGCACGGGCACCAACAGCCCCCCCUGCCCCGGCCUGGGCCCCGGAGGAGCCCUACACCAGCAUGGCAGAGUACGAGCGCAGCAUCCAGGACAUGGUGCGCCAGCUGAGGAACGGCUCCGAGCCGGGGGACACCAAGUGCCAGCUGAACCUGAGGCUCUGGAGGUCCAACCGGAGGAGCCUGUCCCCCUGGGCCUACAGGAUAAACCACGACGCCACACGGAUCCCAGCAGACAUCCCCGAGGCGCGGUGCCUGUGCAGCGGCUGCAUCAACCCCUUCAGCAUGCAGGAGGACCGCAGCAUGGCCAGCGUGCCCAUCUACAGCCGCCUGCCCGUGCGCCGCCUGCUCUGCCCGGCCCGGCCGGGCCACGGGCCCUCGGGCAAGAAGUGCCACAAGAAGUACCAGAUGGUGAUGGAGACCAUCGCCGUGGGCUGCACCUGCAUCUUCUGAGGCUGCAAAGCUACGCCCUGCAGCUCCCCCAGUGCUGGGCAUCUAACCAGCUUGCUCUCGCUUCCACAGCUUGCCCAGCUCUUUGGGAGAGGCCACCUGGCUGGGCAUCAGCGGGAGGGGAGGUCCCUGUGCAAGAGCUCCUCAAAAUUCCCCUGCAGGCUCCUUCAGCCUCAGCCCCAGCAGCUGCUCGGGGGACACCCAGUGCAGAGACAGCCCCUGGGAGUCACCCAG